CUGUCAAGUGAUCGUAUUAGUAAGCUGCCUCGAGCUACUCACCUUGAUCUGUCAGCGAAUUCUAUUUCUGUCAUUCCGCCAGAAUUCUGUCUGUUGACACAUAUCACGCAUCUAGAGCUAGCUAGCAACAGACUUCACUCGUUGCCGGAAAAUUUUGGUAACCUGUCGAAUCUGAACCAUCUAGAUUUAUACAAAAACUACCUAGAGGUUCCACCCGUUCUGUAUGCUCUCUGGACAGGUGAGCUCCCGCUGUCCUUUGGGAAUUUGUCAAACUUAAAAUGGCUUGAUCUAAAAGACAAUCCAUUACAAAAUGAUAUUUCUAAAGUGUGUGGCGACUGUAGUGAUGACAAAGGUUGUAGAGCAGCAGCUACUGAUGUCGUUCAGUACAUGCGCCAGAAAAUCGAAGCGAAUGCAGAGAAGUCGGAAAACGCAGCUCAAAAGGAAAAGGCAACGAAGAAGAAAAAAAAGAAGUUGAAGGAGAGGUUGGCUCAGCAAGCUGAUGAAGAGACGGUGCCACUUUUUGUACCCAAAGGUCUCGGCUUUUAUAAACCGCUUUCUGAACUUGGUUAUUUUGCGCGAAGAAAUCGUUUAACGAUUUGUCUAUUUUUCAUGACUUAG